UUUAUAAAUGUUUCAAUAUGAUUAGAAAAGAUCAAAGAUGCAAAGCAAACAUAGAAUUUUUGAAAUAGUAAUUAAACCAAAGAACAAUCACGGCGGCAAGCAUCGAUUGCAGGCCGUUCUCUUAAUUACUUAUACUCCUAUAUUAUAAACCAUUAAACCCACCACCCUUUGAAUCUAUCAUUUGACCACCUUUAACACCUUUCUCCUCCGUCAAUGGAAUCCGACCAACCGCCUUCAGAAGCCUCCGACGACCCAAAACAAUCUUCCACCACAACCACCCCAGAAGAACAACAGCAAACUACAACCCACACACCAAGAUCAUACGAGUGCAAUUUCUGCAAAAGAGGUUUCACAAAUGCACAAGCACUUGGAGGCCAUAUGAACAUCCACCGGAAGGACAAAGGUAAGUUCAAACACUCCUCUUCCACAACGCCACCAAACGCCGUCGUGGAAUCACCCUCUCCCACCCGUCCAAGAUUAAGCGCCACCACUACCACCAAUCCUUUUUCAAUCUCUCAUCAAGGCAACUGGUUUCCUACCCCACAACCAGAUGAAAAGAAACCACUCCCACUUUUUGGCCCCAACGACGUCUCGGAGGUUCCAAGAAACAUUCAUCAACCUGGAAACUCUCCAUCGCCGGACAGGGAAGUAGACCUUGAGCUCAGAUUGGGACAUGUUGAACCACCGUCGGAAUCAUCGUCGGAGAACAAGAGUACAACCACCAGAAAAUUCUUCUGACUAAUUCAAAUUAAUAUUCAAAAUGGUAUUUAUUUAUUAAUGUUGACUUGGUAUUAAAUUUCAAUCUUUUUAUGCUUUUUGUGGAUUUGUUUCGCAAAAAACCAAGAAACCGUUCUUAUUGUUUAGGGUUUCUUUUUCCCUCCCUUUUCCAUUUUGUUUUUUCUUCUUGAAUUCAUUCUUUUGUUCAUAUUGUGGACGAUCUACCUUGUUCUUAUUCAUCAAUCAGCAAAUACCUAAUUAUAAUUACUUUUUUUAUACUUUCUGUGACUGUUGAUCGAUGAUUUCAC